CGUCUCUCAUAUUUCACUCCCACUCUCUGCCUUCUCAAAAACUGUAAUCUUCAUCUUCUCUUCUAGGGUUUUUCCAGCUAAAGCAAAUAAUGGGGACUCCCAAAUCGGAGACUACACAGGUUCCCUGCGAUUUUUGUACCGACCAGGUGGCGGUCCUCUACUGCAGAGCCGACUCCGCCAAGCUCUGUCUUUUCUGUGACCAGCACGUGCACUCCGCUAACCUGCUUUCGCGGAAACAUCUCCGUUCUCAGAUCUGUGAUAACUGCACUUCCGAGCCUGUUUCUGUUCGUUGCGCCACUGACAAUUUGGUGCUCUGCCAGGAGUGCGAUUUGGAUGCCCAUGGUAGUAACUUUGUUUCCGCCUCUCACGAUCGAACGCCAAUUGAAGGAUUCUCCGGAUGUCCCUCCGCUAUGGAGCUUGCUUUAAUCUGGGGAUUCGAUCUUGAUGAGAAGAAAUUGGAUGAUCCUUCCACGUCGCUGAUUCCGAGCUGGAGCGGCUGUGGGGUCCAGGAUGUGGUGAUGCAAGUCGAGCCAUGGAUGUGUAGAUCUAAUGGUGGAGUGAGUUAUCUGGAUUUAAUAGUGCCUAAUGAUAAAGCCACGGUUUAUGGGAAUGUGAAUAAUGUAGAGAUGGUGACAAUGUCGAAGGAGCAGCAGAGUCCGACUUGUGGAAAGUACAAGCACCUGAUAUAUAAGCAGUUGGUGGAGUUGUUAAACAGAAAUUUGAUAACUGGUGAUGGCGGAGGCGGAGAUGGAGGUGGCGGUGGAGGGGAUAAUUUGAUGCCGCAAACACCAAAUAGGAGCUGCUGGCAAGGGAAUGUGGAGGCAGCCGAUUUUGGGAAUGGAAAUGCCUCUAACGUUGCGAGUUCUACAGUUCCUCAGCAACCGUUGCAGGAACAGGCGCCAUUUACAUCCUUGCUCAUGAUGCCAUCACAGAUGGAUCUGAAACCGAGUGGUCAGGUCGCUGGCGAGGAUUUAAUUUGGGAUGGCAAUGCCAAUGCUCAGGGUACUCAGAUAUGGGAUUUUCAUUUAGGACAAUUGAGGACUCAUGAAGAAUCUGACCAGUUAGAACUUGCAUAUGGAUCAACCGAUGCCGGGUUCGUGAUCAAUAAUAUUGGUGAAUUUAUGAAAGAGGCUUCAUUGAGUAACGCAAAAAUAUUGGGAGAUAGGUACCAGCUGGAUUGCCCUUUUGCAUGUGACGAUAUGUCAUUGUUUAAUUUGAAAUUGCAGAACAACUCAAAUAAUGCAACAGCCAGCCAGGGUCCAGCAACAUCUGAGAGCAACAACCUAUCUAUAGCACGGCCAUCAUCAGGCUCAACUUUCAGUAAGCUAAAAAGCUCAAGUGGGGGCAAAGACAGCCAGUUUAUGGACAUGGAGCAGAAAAUCCUUGUUACAGGUGACAGUGUGAGCACAAUGCUAGCAACUAAGGCUGAUAUGGAGCUGCUAGCAAAGAACAGAGGCACUGCCAUGCAACGUUACAAAGAGAAGAAAAAAACCCGAAGAUAUGAUAACCACAUAAGAUAUGAAUCAAGAAAGGCAAGAGCUGAUACUAGGAAGCGAGUGAAGGGUCGAUUUGUGAAGGCUACUGAUGCUCCUAAUGAGUGACCUCCUUGCCCCAGUUGUAAAUAGCUUGGACAAUCCUUCCAUAGUAAAUAAAUGGCAGUCGCUGAGAGUGAGACUGGUGGCUCAGCAGGCUUUGCAGGCUGGAUGUGAAGAAGGUAGCAGUAGGUCUAAAGUUUUGAAGCAGGUGAUUAGCUUAUCCUUCAUCCAGCUUGAUUAACGGUACCCAUCAGUCGAUUUUUUGUUCCGAAGGGAAAUAGAUGAGUAGGUUUAGUUGUGUUCUUACAGGUAAAUUACUGUAACCAGGUCAUUGCAUUAUGGCCUUUUUUGGAUUUUAGGCAAUCGUUGCGGCUUUGAUUACAAAUUCCACUGUAUCCGUGAAAAUUCCUCCCAGGCUUUUGAUUUCUUGGAAGUCCAAGGCCAAUUCAACAACAAAAAACAUAAUUGAUAUCAAAAUAAUUCAGCUCUUGGGAUGCAAA